UGUUGGCGAACAGAGGAAAAACGAAAAUUCGCAGAGAAAACCCUUGUUGAAGACGCAACUAGAGGGCCGCCAAGAUGCUGUCCAUGCUGCAGGAGAAGCGUCCACUAAAGCGCACCCGCCUGGGACCGCCGGACAUCUAUCCGCAGGACGCGAAGCAGCGGGAGGACGAGUUGACGCCCACGAAUGUGAAGCACGGCUUUACGACGACGCCGCCGCUUUCUGAUGAAUUCGGGACGGCCCACAACUCGAAUGUGAACGCCAGUAAGGUAAGCGCCUUCUUUAGCGGCGUUCUGGCUAAGAAGGAGGAACUGAUGACCCUACCGGACACGGGGCGCAAGAAGCAGCAGAUCAACUGCAAGGACAACUUCUGGCCCGUGUCGCCGCGACGCAAGUGCACUGUGGACGCCUGGUUCAAGGACCUCGCUGGCAAUAAACCUUUGCUCAGCCUAGCCAAACGAGCUCCGUCGUUCAAUAAGAAGGAAGAGAUCUUUAUAUUGCUGUGCGAGAACCAGGUGAACAUGCAACGAGCCACUUGGUUCAUCAAACUGAGUGCCGCCUAUACGGUCAGUUUUACCGAGUCAAAGAACAAAAAACGCAGCAUUUACGAUCCGGCCGCUGAGUGGACCGGCAACAUGAUCAAGUUCAUGAAGGAGCUGCUGCCAAAGCUGCAGGAAUACUAUCAGCAGAGCCACGAAAAGUCUUCUGCAAAUGGAGGCACUGCGGGGAGCCUGACUGCCUCCGGUAAUAAUUCUACCACUAAUGGGACCUCUGGAAGCAGCUCUAUUAAUUCCGUGACUGCCAGCAGUGCUCCAUCGAAUGUAAUUCCUGUGCCCAGUAUGGCCAGUCCCCUGCCACCGAUUCACAGUCCUGCAAACGGACAGCAGGGAGCACCUGGCGGCGGAGUGGGCUCGGGCAGUGUCAUGCCGACGACAGGAAGUCUCGGAGGAGUGGUCGGCGGACCGGGAUCAUCUGUGGUCGGAGGCGCUGCUGGUGCAGGAGCUGUUGUGCCCCCAGGCUCUACCAUAUCUGGAAUCGGAAGCCAGUUCGAAGACAGUCGCAAUGCACUAAAGUAUUGGAAGUACUGCCAUCAGCUGAGCAAGUACAUGUACGAGGAAUCGCUGUUGGACCGGCAGGAGUUUCUCAACUGGAUCCUCGACCUGCUGGAUAAAAUGCGCACCCAGGCAAGUUUCGACGAGCCACUGAAAAAGCUGGUGCUCAGCUUUGCGCUUCAGUACAUGCACGAUUUUGUGCAGUCGGAACGUCUCUGCCGGAAGAUGGCGUACAUAGUGUCGAAGAAGUUGGCUCAGCUACUUAUCACAGUGGUGGAGCAGCAGGCCAUUAAGGAGUUGGAUGAGCAUAAGCUGCAACAUGAUCCCUACGAGCUGGCGUUGCAGGAGCAGAUGAGUUGUCCCCACCACCGAGAUAUUGUGCUUUAUUUAAGCACAAUCCUGCAGAUCGUUACGAUAGAGUGCCCAACUGCAUUGGUCUGGAGUGGGAUAGCUGCGCACCGGGCACCUUCCUCGCUGCUGGGCAGUCCCUUGGAUCAUCUGCCUCUUGCGCCCUCAGUCCUGCCGAUGCCGUCGCGCUGUCCCCGAACGAAUCAAGAGAUCCGGCGGCAAUUGCGUGCCGCUGAAUCGGACAUAGUGCUGCGCACUCAGCACGCUGAGCAGCGCUGGUUCGCCGCCAAGUGGCGAAGUGCUGGCAAAAAUCACUACACCGGUGUGCUGGCCACGCUGGAUCACCUGGACACGCACUGCUUCGAUCGAAUGGAACACAACAACAGCAUCGACACGCUCUACGCACAUAUAUUCCCCAGUCCAACGACCAGUCGCCGGCGGGAGGAGGAUCAAUUGGAACCGCGUCCUGCGUACGAACCGAAACAGGACAAGGACACGGUGCGUAUCCUGUGCGAAUGGGCUGUGUCCGGACAACGCUGGGGUGAACACCGAGCCAUGGUGGUGGCCAUUCUUUUGGAUAAGCGCCAAAUUGACGUGACCAGCACUCCGGCAGAUCAGCAGUCCAGCGAUAAGGAUGAUAAGGACUCUUUGGCAUCGGGCGCCGGCUUGAUUGACGGCCUGCCCGUCUUUCAGCACGUUCUGAUGCACUUCCUCGACCACGAUGCUCCCGUUUUGGAUGAACACAAUAGUAGCAGCCAGCAGCGCACCGAGUUCACCAAUCUCGUCCAGUUGUUUAGUGCUUUGAUCCGUCACGAUGUCUUCUCACACAAUGCCUACAUGCACACGCUAAUUUCACGGGGGGAUCUCCUUCUGGAAUCCGUGCUAGUAAUUAAAUCGGGAGCCACGGCCACAAAGACAUCGCCACCGCCGCCGGCUCCGCCACCGACGACGACGCACGGAUUCGAUGAUGAUGGUUUCGGCGGGGGCAUUGAUUUCAAGCACAACGAGUUCGACGACUCGAAUGUGGACGAUGAUCUGGACAAGCUGGUGCAGAACAUCAAGGAGAAGGGACAGCAGCACGAGGCACCAGACAGUCCCAAGAUUGGGCCGCCAGGCGAUGGCGAAACCACCACCGGUGGCAGUAUAUCCCGGCACUACGUUUACACGAAGCAUUUCCCCAUUCCACAAGAUGAUCCCAGCAUGAGCAGCUACAGCAGCGAGAGCAACCAGCGGUACAUCCUGCUGUUUGGAGUGGGCAAGGAGAGGGAUGAGAAAAAGCAUGCCGUGAAGAAGAUGUCCAAGGAGAUUGGCAAACUAUUUACCAAAAAGUUUAGCAUUGAUGUGGCUGCGGCUGGACAUGUGAAGAAGCAUUCGCGCAAUGAAUUUAACUUCGAGGCCACCACCUCCAAGUGCCAGCAGAUGGCAUAUUUUGAUCAGCAUGUGGUCACCGCUCAAUGUGCGGCCAAUGUGCUGGAACAACUGAACGGCUUCGCCUUGGGAAACAACAACUAUUUGCCGGUGCAGGAGCAUGUGGCUUUCCUGUUUGACCUUAUGGAACUGGCUCUCAAUAUCUACAGUCUGCUGGAAUUGUGCGACAGCCUUCUGAAGGAGUUGCCUGAGGUGGAGCUCCAGUUGCAGUCGAAGAAGUCGAACCUGGUGCGCAGUUACACUACCUCGUUGGCUCUGUACAUUGUUAGCAUCCUGCGUAGAUACCACAGUUGCCUACUCCUUUCGCCAGAGCAAACGCUGUCUGUUUUUGACGGAGUCUGUCGCACUAUCCGUCAUGUUUCCAAUCCCAGCGAAUGCUCAUCGGCGGAGCGAUGUAUUAUCGCCUACCUAAGCGACUUGCAUGAGUCCUGCGUUCUGUUGCAGGGCAAGGAGCAGUCCACGGAGUACUAUCAACAGCUGCAGUGCAUUAAUAAGUUUAAGGAUAUCUUUAAUACACCAGAGCAGUUGAGCCUACCACCGCAAGGAUAUAAUCCCCAAUUGUUGCAGGAGUUGUUUAUGGCUCCCAGAAGAGGUGGAAAAUUGGAUCCCCAUUGGCUGGGAACACUAAAAGAGUCGUCCGCGAACGUCUACAGCUUUGUGUCCAACGCCUUGAUUGCUGUUUGUCGAGAGACUGACAACGAGCGACUAAACGAUGUGGCUUUGGCGUGUGCCGAACUGACCGCCAGCUGCAAUGUCCUUUCCGAGGAGUGGAUCGCCGCACUGCAGAGUCUGUGCAGCGGGAGCAAGAGCCCAAGAUAUCCGCAUCUGGGUGGCCAGGUGGACAUUGGCCAGGGAAAGACGCACAAUGCCCUGGCCGUCUUCGUGUGCAUCUUGGUGGCCAGACACUGCUUCUCGCUGGCGGAUUUUGUUAGCAAGUUUGCUUUGCCCACGUUGGCGAGAUCGGUGAGCGCUGGCGGAGCUGAAUUGAGCGUAGAUGCGGAGGCAGGAGCUCGACUGACUUGCCACCUGGUGCUGAAGCUAUUUAAGACCCUGGAGAUCCCGCAACCUGGUAUGUAUUCCGUCAGCACCUCCCCGAAUCCACUGCACGCCGUGGGCAAUGAUUUUAGUAUCCGGCUGAGCUGCGAUCGUCAUCUGCUGGUGGGUGCACAUAAGACCAUACCCAUCGCUGCUGUGCUGGCCGUGCUCAAGGCAAUCCUCAUUGUGGUGGACAAUGCAGCGCUCAAGACUCCAUUGGCUGCUGGCAGCGGAUCCUCCUCCUCCGGAGGAUUGGGCGGCGCUUUUGGCAGUGGCAAGCGCAGUGGCUUCAACACUCCAGUUCAUCCGGGCAGCACGCCAAAAAGCAACGAACAAAGACCUGCCGACCUCAGCCAGAUCCUGGGCACCAGUGAUCUUCAGUUGGGCAGCAGCUUAACAAGCGAACCGGAAGCUCUGCAACAGCCAUCGGUCGGAGGAAUGGAGCAGGUCUCACUGCUGGAAUUCGCCCAGGCUGUGCUGAAGCAGAUCUGCGCGCAGGAGCACGUCCUGGAGAGGUGCCUCAAGAACGCCGAGCAGCUGUGCGAUAUGAUAAUCGAUGAGAUGCUCACGGCCAAACAGGCGCAGCGUGUGCUGCACAUGAUCUGCUAUCCGGAGGCGGAGUUUAAAAUCAUUUCUGAGCUGGACCAGCGUUCAAUGAUCGUGCGCAUUCUGGAGAAUCUUGGCCAGUGGACGUUGCGCAUUUCGUGGUUGGAUCUGCAGCUCAUGUACCGACAAUCGCUGAGCAACAACGCGGAGUUGAACAUCUGGCUGGACACUGUGGCUCGAGCGGCCAUCGAUGUCUUCCACAUGGAGGAGGUCGUACUGCCGGGUGCCGUGAAGGCGACGCACAAACCGAAACCGUCCACUUGGCUGGUGGCUCCACUAAUUGCCAAACUAACGCCGGCCGUGCAGGGCAGGAUUCUGCGAGUGGCUGGCCAGGUCCUCGAGAGCAUGAACUAUUUCUCCAAAGUGUCCAAAUCCGAUUGCAAUAGUUCGGGCAGCGGCGAUGAGCGCGAGAAGAGCAACAGUUGUCACAGCAGCAAUAGCUACGGCUUGGGGAAUGUGGCCGCGCGCAACAAGAAGAUGCCACUCAAUUACCAGCCUUUCCUGGGACUCAUCCUGACAUGCCUCAAAGGCCAGGAUGAGUACAAGGAGAACUUGUUGGUUUCCCUAUAUGCCCAGCUGUCCCAAUGUCUGCAGUCAUUUGCUGAGCUGGACACAAUUGGUGGUAUUGAUGAGCCGCAAGCACGCGAGGAGAUCCUGGAUGCUCUACAACUGCGCUUUUCGCUGGUGGGGGGCAUGUUCGAGGCCAUCCAGAAGAACAGUACACCCACUACAGAUUGGGCGAUUUUAUUGGCCCAAUUGGUUUGCCAGGGUGUCGUGGACCUCAGCUGCAAUCGAGAGCUCUUUACCACCGUUGUGGACAUGUUGGCCACUUUGGUUCAUUCCACACUUGUUUCUGACGACGAAAGGCACUACAUGAACCUCAUGAAGAAGCUGAAGAAGGAAAUUGGGGAGAAAAACAAUGCUUCAAUACGAGUUAUCCGCCAGCUUCUUCCUCUCUACAAGCAACCCACUGAGGUCAUCGCCUGUGAACACGCUGGAAUGGACAGCAAGGGCAACAAAAUCUGCGAGAUGGACAAGAAACAAUUGCGCAUUUCGGACAAGCAGCGCAUAAGUGUGUGGGACAUCCUAGAAGGCCACAAGAACCCAGCUCCACUUUCUUGGGUGUGGUUUGGUGCUGUGAAGCUGGAGAGGAAGCCUCUAACCUACGAGGAGGCUCAUCGCAACCUAAAAUACCACACGCACAGCCUGGUGAAGCCUAGUAGCUACUACUAUGAGCCAUUACCGCUACCUCCUGAAGAUAUUGAGCCCGUGCCAGAGAAGAUUUGCAUAAAGGAUGAAAUGAAGGCCGAUACGCCCUCGUCGGUGGAUCAGUCUCCCAGUGCUGUGGUGGGUGGCACAGGAAGAGGUCGCGGCAAGGGAACGACCACGCGGAAACGGAAGCCGAAGAACCCGAAGACGCCACCGGUGGUAAACACCCAACAGCAGCAGCCUCAGCUGGCGCCACAGCCGCAGCAGGCACAAAACGUACAGCAACAGCAAAUGCAACAGCAGCAGCAACAACAGCAACAGCAACAGCAACACAUGCAACAGCAGCAAAUGCAACCCAAUCCAAUGGGGCAGAUGCAAAUGAACAUGCCGAUGAACAUGCAGCAGUUCGCACAAAACCCGAACAACAUGAUGCAGCCGAAUGCCAUGAUGCAGCAACAGCAGCACAUGCAGCAAAUGAACAACAAUCCGCUGCAGCAGCAGUUGAAUGUGGGCGGUGGCAAUGGGCAGCAGAAUCCCCAGAUGAACUUCAUGCAGCAGGGACCUGGUGGCGGUGGAGCUGGGCCAUCGGGCAUGCCUGGCCAGCAGCAGCAGUGGCACAACGCCCAGCAGCAACAGCAACCGCCGCAGCCGUACCACAAUCAAUAUGCUCCGCAUCAGCAGAACAUGCAAUCAAAUCGUAUUGAGAGACCGCCGCUCAACUCCAACUCCAAGCAGGCUUUGUCUCAGAUGCUGCGCCAACGACAGCCAUUCCAGCAGCAACAAGCUCAACAGGGACCCGGCGGUGGUUUCAAUCCGAUGCAGCAGCAACCGCAACCGUCACAACAACAGCCGGGUCCGCAGCAGCAGAUGAAUCCCAACCAGAUGCGACAGCAGCAGAUGAACCCGCAACAGAACCCGCAGUCCGUUGCCGCCUUCAAUGCCAUGCAACAGCAGCAGCAACAGAACGCCCAGCAACAACAGAUGAAUCCGAAUCAGCAGCAACAGCAGCAAUUUAUGCGUGGCGGCAACAUGCGACCCGGUAUGGCGCCCAAUCAGAUGAACCAGAUGAACAUGGGUGGCCAGGGCAUGCCGCAGAAUCCAAUGAUGCAGCAACAGAUGCCGCAGAAUAUGGUGGGCAUGGUCAAUCCGAAUGCCAAUCAAAUGAUGCAGGCCGGAGGCGCUCAAGGAGGCAACGGUGUUGGCGUUGGCGUGGGUGUCGGCGUUGGCGUUGGAGGCGCCGGCAACAAUCCCAACAUCGGGAUGGGCGGCAUGCCGCAGCAGGGCAUAAUGCAACAGCAGCCGCAGCAACAGCCCCAGCAGCAGGUCCAGUUCCAGAACUUCCAGAAUCAGUACCAGCAGCAGCAGCAACAACAGCAGCAGGGCAUGCAGCAACAGGGAGGCGGCGGAGGCGUUGGCGUCGGAGUGGGCGUGGGCAUGGCGCCGAAUCAGCAGCAGCAACAGCAGGCAAACAUGAUGGGCAACUUCAAUCCGCAGAUGCAGCAAGCGAAUCGCAACAAUCCCGACUUCAUGGCCGUGGCAGCGGCUGCCCAGCAGCAACAGCAACAACAGCAGCAGCAACAACGUGUUGUUCCCGGCGGCAUGAUGGCCGGCAACCGAAACCAGUACAUGAACCAGGCGCCCAACGUUACCAUGUCCAACAUGAUGGGUCCCGGACCGGGCGGCGUGGUCGGUCAGGUGCCGCCGUACGCCCGUCAACAGCCGGCGGGCGGCGGCAAACCGGGCGUCCUGAACACCCAGCAACAGUUCCAGCAACAGCAGCAGCAACAACAGCAAUUGAGGCACCAGCAAAUGAUGCAGAUGCAGGGCAUGGGCGGCGGCGCCGGUGGGGGAAUGGGAUCCGGUCCGCAGCAGCCGGGCGGAGCGGUUGGUGGGGGCGGCGGCGGAGGGAUGGUGCCGCAGCAGCAGAGCAUGAACCAGCAGCAAACGCCGAACCUGGUCGCCCAGCUGCAGCGGCAGAACAUGAUGGGCCAGCAGCAGCAGUAUCAACCGCCACCGUAUUAGAUCGUAGACACUCCCUAGUUGUAAGCCUAGUCCUAAUGAUUUAUUUAUCAGAUGUAUUUGCAAUAAACGUAUGUACAUUCAAAACAAACCUUA